AUUUAGAACAUGAGCCAGCCUUUUUCAGCGUCAUCUCUUUCGCUCAGCACGUCACAUCAGAUCCCGAACGUUCCAGGAUUUACACUUCCUGAGGUAGUUUUCUGAGUCUAUCGUCCUCGCCGAAUAUCAGAAUCGAAGGUCUCAACAAAUUGAAUCACUGAGUUAUCUUCAUCUGCUCAGCCACUGCUCAACAACAGUCGAAAUGGCAUCUGUAUGCUUAAGCAAACACGAUAUCAAUAUUCUCGAGAAAAUCAAGGAUCCGGAGUCAAACCCAUAUGCCGGUAUCGUUCUCGACUCCUCAUUACCACGGGACCCAAACAUCACAGAUGCCACGAUAUAUGAGCGAGUAGUCGAGAGGGAGCGAGAUAUUAUUCGUUCCAUCCAGAGCCUUGAAACCCAGUUGAAGAGUCUUGGAUCUGAAGAAGGAAAAGAUAUUGCUGUCAAGGGUUAUCAGCAAAGCCUUUCGGCGGUUGAGAGUAUGAUUGCUGAGCAUCCCAACUACGCCAGCGCCAGAAACAACCGUGUACAGAUCCUCAGGCGGCUAUACGGAGAUGCGAUGAUGCUCUCCGAUACCAAAGACAACUCCGCGCCCUUAAUUGAGUCACCCGACCAGGCGGAAAGAAAAAAAGCUGUUGUCACAGCACUGAGCGAUAUCGAAGCAUCAAUCGCACUCCUCACCCCUUCAUCACCAACCAUGCCUAUUUCUCCUCAGGUUGCGCGCACUCUGUCUAUGGCUCACACGCAAAGAGCUGCAUUAUAUCUGAAAACAGCCAGACUAAUGCUAAGUCGUUCUUUGGAUAUCGAUGGGGCCCUUGAAGAAUCCAAAUGGGAAAAGCUCGACUUUGAGGGUGCUGCAUCUCGAGACCUAGCGUUUGGUGGAAGGUACGGAAAUCCAAUUGCAAAGGGCUUGGCCGUGAGUGUCAACCCAACGGCCAAACUCUGCGGACAAAUUGUUCGAGAAGCAAUGAAGAAGGAAUAUGGUCCGUCUUUUGGUGACUAGGUGCAUGUAUAUAAUGAGACAGAAUAUCCAAAAAGGCUUGACAUGCCAUUAAGAUCUUGAAAGUUGGCAAAACCAGUAGUGACUCAGGUGUCGAAGCGAGCCCAGACAUAAUCACGAAGACUUGGAAGAAAGUCCAACUCGUCUAUGCUGGUAGUCAGUUUCUAU